AACAAACGAGUGUGUUACAUGGUUAAGGGCACCUUAAAAGUCGGACAAAAUAAAAAUUUAAUGUCUAGUGCUAUCAGUCUAUUUGUGUAUUCACUCUACGACUUGAGCUGUUUAAUACAGUAGUGCUCAUGCAAUCGGAAUUGUACCGUAAGAGUUGAAAUAAUGACAUUACAAGUAGACUUUUAAAAGAAUUAUUCUUUAAAUUUUAAAUAACGAAUAGCGUCUCCCGUUUGAUACUUGUCCAUUUGUGAACGCGCCUGUAUACGUCACAAUGACGUCAUCAAGUCCCCUGCGGGCGGGAACGGAAUCCAGUCUGGUUGGUUAGAGGCGUGCUAGCCUGGCGGGAGUGAAGGUGAAUUUUGAAGUUGAUGGUGAUAUUUAACAGGAAUAAUACAAUUUAAAGUGCUUAGUGAAUUUGGAACGGAAUUAUGAGCAACAACGGACUGAGAAGUAAAUUCCUUGCCGAUGGCUAUGUGGUUCUGGACGACUUCCUCACCGAUGACGAGGUGGCGGAGCUGCGGAAGGCUGGAGACGAGCUCAUUAACAACAUACCCAAGGACGAAAGGAAAGCCGUGUUCAGCACGACCAAAACAGAGCAGAGCAAGGACAGGUACUUCCUGGAGAGCGCGGACCGGGUGAGCUACUUCUUCGAGGCCAGUGCCCUGGACGAGGACGGGGAGCUGCGGGUGCCAGCGGAGGUGUCCCUCAACAAGGUGGGCCACGCCCUGCACUCGCUGCACCCGACCUUCAGGCAGUUCACCUUCUGCGAGAAGGUGAAGGAGGCCUGCUUCCGGCUGGGCUUCGAGGACCCCGUCAUCGUGCAGAGCAUGUACAUCUUCAAGAACCCCGGCACCGGCAGCGAAGUGUCUCCGCACCAGGACGCAUCCUUCCUCCACACGGAGCCCGUGUACCUGGCGGGCUUCUGGAUCGCGCUGGAGGACGCCACGCCCGAGAACGGCUGCCUGUGGGUGGCCCCCGGGUCGCACCGCAGCGGAGUGCACCGGCGCUUUGUGCGCAGCACGGACCCUGCUGCACCGGAGCUGCUCGUGUUCACCGCGCCCCUGCCCGUCUACCCGGCGUCCAACUUCCGGCCCUUGCCCGUCAGGAGAGGCACUUGCAUACUGAUACACGGGCUCGUGGUGCAUCGCAGCGACCCGAACAAGUCUUCAACGUCCAGGCACGCAUACACGUUCCACGUCAUUGACCAGAAGCACUGCACCUACUCCAGCGACAACUGGUUGCAGCUGAAGCCCGGGGAGAGCUUCCCAUCCGUUUAUAAGAACUGACAGUGAGGCAGCUCGGCAUGCAGCAUCAGCGACUCCAGCCAGUCCAUCGCCUCACGGGGCAAGGGCAUGGUGCUGUGUAUACAGCUUUCAAGUGUUUGUAUCAAAACUAUACAUCUAAUUCUUUUAGGAAUCUGCAGUAAAACUCAACUGUUACGUCAGGCCAAUAAAUGGACAGUGCGUUGUUUUUAAAUACCAAUAUCAAUAUAAUGCUUGUGUGUGUGAAUCUUAACAUGAAAGAAACAUGCCAAAGUUUUUGCAAAAGAAACGUAAGUUACUAAGAUUGUUUUCAAUACUUAAAUAAGCAAAAAUAAAUUAAUAAAUAAAUAAAGAUUAUUUUAUUUCUUUAAAUUCUUGUGGUGUAAAUAAUUUCAGUUCCAGCCUAUGAUGUUCACAUUCCACAAGGACACACAUAACUUAAUGCACCUUUUUACACCCAUGAUUGUACACUAAGUGAAUAUCUGUUGAUAAUAUUUGUGGAACAACAAGUGCAACGGAGGUAUAUAGGUAAUAUUUUAUAAAUAGCCCUUCAAUAAAAGUAAUGACCAAAAAACUAAAAACAUCAACAUGGCGUGUCGGACAGAGCUUUAAUACAUAGCAGCUGGGGCAUCGCUCACUGAGAGGCUGAACCAAGAUGUAAGAGCAAAGCAGGUGAGGGGAAAAAAAUAGU